AUUGCUUCAUCCGAACACACAUAUUAGUGCUAUAUAGUCGUGAAUGUCAGGAUUUUGACGUGGAUGAACGUGUUUAAAGACAGUUUAUAGGCCACGGAUGGUAGCACCGGAGUGGCUUCGUAUCGCCGGGCUGUGCUCCCGUUUCCAGCGUUGUGUUGUGACGUAUCUUAUAACGUAAAUAACCGCCGCUAGGUCAACUUACUGUCUUAAAAUGGCCCCAACUAAGAAAGGAGAGAAAAAGAAGGGGCGUUCAGCCAUCAAUGAGGUGGUGACCAGAGAGUACACCAUCAACGUCCACAAGCGCAUCCAUGGAGUGGGUUUCAAGAAAAGGGCCCCACGUGCCAUCAAGGAGAUCCGCAAGUUCGCCGUGAAGGAGAUGGGAACUCCCGAUGUCCGCAUCGACACUCGCCUCAACAAGGCAGUGUGGAGCAAGGGUGUCAGGAACGUGCCGUACAGGAUACGCGUACGUCUGUCCAGGAAACGUAACGAGGACGAGGACUCUCCCAACAAACUGUACACCCUGGUCACAUACGUUCCUGUCACCACAUGCAAAGGUCUGCAGACAGUCAAUGUUGAUGAAAACUAAAGUUGUCCCCUCUACGAGUGGAAUAAAGUGGAAUAAAAGAA